ACUGUAUUUAAAGUCAUAUCAAAGUUGUAACGAUCCCAAAAUUGGUAUCGGGAUGCAUUAAUUUGUUCCAAAACAAAAGCAACCGAGUCAGGAAAACACUCAUUUUGAUUUAUUGACGCCCUCAAGAGGAUGGAAGUUGACGGUGCGCCGCCUUCAUACUAAGACAACAAUUCCCAUCAUGCAGCGCGCCGGUCGCGUUGCCUUUACUUCCGCAACCCACGCGCUCUGCUUCCGCGUUCCGGGUGCCACAUACAAUGGACGCUAACGUCAUAAAGGCUAUAUUGUUUGAUAUGGACAACACGCUCAUUGAGACAAAUCUGGCAAGUGAAUUUGCGAUACAAAAGACUCAUGAAAUCUUGAAGAGCUCCCUGGCUGUGGUUGAUGACGACACCGUCACCAGCAUCUGCGACAAGUUCAAGCACAAACUACUCCAUGAGAAGUUUGACUCUGCAGCCGGCAGAUCCAUCGAUGAGGUCCGAGUGGGUCACUGGGAGGAGAGCAUCAAGGAAACUGUGGACGGUUCAACACCCACCCUGGCAGCAGAGUGCUACUACAUGUGGAAAAACAGUCGACUGCAGCGCCUUCGUCUGUCUCCGGAGAUAUGCGAGCUCCUCAAACGGCUUCGGAAGCGAUACAAGCUGCUGCUCUUGACCAACGGGAAUCCUCAAACGCAACGGGAGAAAGUGGAGGCCGUCGGCUGUGAGAGCUUCUUUGAUGCCGUAGUCAUAGGGGGCGAUUACGCUGAGCAGAAACCCUUCCCCUCCAUCUUCAGGCUGUGUUUUGACCUGCUCCAGGUGGAGGCCCAGGACUGUAUUAUGGUUGGAGACUCCCUGAGCACGGACAUCCAGGGGGGGUUCAGUGCACGAGUGCGUGCUACAAUUUGGAUUAACGGUACAGGAGAUGAAGUUCCAGUUGGAUCCGUGAUGCCGGACUACACUAUUCCUACUGUGUUGGACCUGGAAGAUGUUCUGGCAUCACUGAAUUAAGCAAAACUGGUGUUCAACCUGUGCACACCGACACUGAUGAUGACUGAAUAAUGAAGGAAUUGAAAUAUAGAUGGGCAGCCAUUUCUUUUACAUUUGGGUGAAAUUAUUAAAAUCUAUGAAUAUUAUGUGAAAGAGUAUGCAGUUUUGCACAGACGAUGUCAUUUGGGAUGUCCGAUAUGAGCAUAAAAAUGUGAUAUCGGUCGACAUCGGUAUCUGAAAUCAUGUCAUUGUACAUUACCGCAUUUUAAAAAGUGACAUCUCACUUGUAAACGACAUCAUAGAUUAUGAUGUCAUCAUCCACGGUCACAUGAUAUUGCAUCAUAGAGUUAUGAUACCGAAUUUG